AUGACAGCAUCUGAGAAGUCACUAUCCGGUCAGACAGUUCUCGUCACCGGCGCAGGCGGCGGGCUCGGGAGAGUGAUAGCGACCAAGUUCCUCGAAGCCGGAGCCAACGUGGUCAUCUGCGACAUCCACGAAGAGCGUCUGAAGGAGGCCUCUGCCGAGCUGUCCCGGUCCGCCAAGGGGGGCGGCACUCUCAGGGCGGUCGCUGCAGACAUCACGUCCGAGGAAUCGAUCCGGCAUCUCUUCGGCGAAAUAAUAGCCAGGGAGUUUAAUAACCGGCUGGAUGUCCUGGUCAACAAUGCCGGUAUCAUGGAUCGCUUCGAUCCUGUCGGCGAUUUGGAUCGUGCGCUGUGGGAUAAGGUGAUUGCUGUCAAUCUGACUGCUCCGUAUCUCCUGAGCAAAGAAGCUGUGCGUAUCAUGCUCGCGCAGCCGGAGCCCAAAGGGUCAAUCCUCAAUAUUUCCUCCUUGUCCGGUCACUCUGGCGCGAUGGCUGGAGCCGCAUACACCGCCAGCAAGCAUGGUCUAGUAGGUCUCACGAAAAACACAGCUGCCUUCUACGGCAGCAAGGGCAUCCGCUGCAACGCCCUGAUGCUGGGUGGCAUGAAUACCAAUAUCGCGGACUCGAUGCGCGCUGGCGUCAACACGGAAGGCUUCCAGCUGAAUGAGCGGUUGCGGGGGGGCGUCGGCAUGCAGAUGGUGGAUUUGAGUGACGUGGCUGAGCUGGCUUUGUAUGUCUGUACGGCGGAAUCGGCCAAGAUUAUCAAUGGGGCGAUCAUCCCGGGUGAUCAUGGCUGGACUGGAAUAACGGGAUGA